CGACGAGUUUCGCUUUGUUAUUACCCUCGGAAUUCCCUCUGUUAACGCCCACCGCUCACGCCCCCGUGGCUUCCUCCUCUAUUUAUUUAACGAAGUUUUUUAAAAGAUAAUUAACACCAAGUUAGAGGCACCACCACCGGUCUUUUCCAAACCCCGGAGUCGCUUUGGCUAGCUUGUUAGCAUGAGCGGCUAACGAAAGCUAACACGGGAGUUUGUCAAGUUUGGUUUACUUCCACUGGGUAAACAAAUAACGUUAGCCUAGCCGCCUGAUAGCACCUGCUAAUAACAAAAGAACUCUAGGAAGGUCUUCAUAGUGGGAUAAAUACACUCACGCUUAGCAAGGUUCCUCGGCAGAAGCACUUGUCAGUUUAAAAGAAGGGAGUUUAUCAAACACUCUAAAUGAAAAGAACUUCCCAAGAGCUCACAACACCAGGGGACGCCAGUCCACCCUCACCAUGGAAACGCCCCCUCGAGGCUCAAAGAGGAGUCGGUACGAGGAUGACCAUCCACCCCAGCGUCUUCCGUCCAGGUCACCACGAAGGACCCAAAGGGUUAACACUACACCGCAGAAAUUUACCAGUGUGGUGACGCCUGAUAAGAAGUCAUCGCAGAGAAUAGGGUUGAGGUUAAGAAACCUCCUCAAGCUACCCAAAGCUCACAAGUGGUGCAUCUAUGAAUGGUUCUACUCCAAUAUCGACAGGCCUCUCUUUGAGGGCGACAAUGAAUUUUGCCUGUGUCUGAAGGAGUCGUUCCCAAACUUGAAAACCAGGAAGUUAACGCGUGUGGAAUGGGGGACCAUUCGGAGACUGAUGGGAAAACCCAGACGGUGCUCGUCGGCGUUCUUCGCUGAGGAGCGGACGGCUCUGAAGCAGAAGAGACAAAAAAUGCGUCUGCUACAGCACAGGAAGUUGUCGGACGUGUCCAACUGCAAAGAUCUUCCUGAGGAGAUUCCGCUUCCUCUUAUCAUAGGAACCAAAGUCACUGCUCGACUACGAGGCGUUCACGACGGCUUGUUCACCGGGCAGAUCGACGCAGUGGACACCAGCGCCGCCACGUACCGCGUCACCUUUGACCGCAGCGGCCUUGGAACUCACAACGUGCCUGACUACGAAGUUCUUAGCAAUGAGCCCAAUGACACGAUGCCCAUUUCAGCUUUUGCUCAAAAACACCGGAUGACGCGCUACAUGCAAAAUCUCUUGACUCCACCUCGAGGUCCCUAUCCGUCCGCGACCACUCCCGUCCUGAUGGACCAUGACCCACUUAUCAAUCAGUCACCAUGGCGGACUAAGCUACCCGGUGCAGACGGAGAAACCCUUGGAGGAUUUCCUGUCAAGUUCCUGGUCCAAGUGACAAGGUUGUCCAAGAUCCUGAUGAUCAAGAAAGAGCACAUCAAGCACUUGAAAGAAAUGAACACUGAAGCAGAAAAAAUGAAAUCGUACGCUUUACCCAUUGAGCUGGACUUCCAGAAGCGCUACGCCACAACGGUGCUCGAGCUGGAGCAACUCAAUAAAGAUCUCAAAAAAGUCUCGCAUGAAGUGAAGCAGUUCUGUUGUGAGCUCUCUCCAGACCUGGGUCUUCUCCCCUCCGACCACCCGGCAGACUUGCGGCAGCACUGCGAGGACGAAGCCCGGCAAAUGGUGCAGCUGAGCGACUCGUCAAAGGACGGCCAGCAAAGCGUGACCAACGGCAACCUCAAGCAACUCGUCUCCAGCCUGACGGCUCUGCUGCUCCAGAUCAAGUGUCUGGCAGAUGGUGGAGACCUGAAUUCAUUUGAGUUCAAAUCGCUAACAGAGUCGCUAAAUGACAUAAAAGCGUCCAUCGAUCCCUCCAACCUCAGUUGCUUCCAGAACAGCGUGGAGAUCCACGUGGCGCACAUCCAGAGCGGCCUGAGCCAACUGGGCAAUUUACACGCGUUUGCUGCCAACAACACCAACGCCGUAUGAGCUUGCAGGUGCUCGCACAAACACAAGUGCACGAGAUCACCGUUAGCGCACCCGGAACCGUCGUUUUAUCUUAGAGAAAACGACCGCCACACAAAAAAAAAAUUGUCGGCUCUUCCUUGUGCCAAACGUCAUUUGUUAAAGAGUUGCUAUGUAUUUAUUUAUUACAGAACCCACGUUUUGCUCGGUUAGCUUUUGCUCUGAGCGCAGGUUUAAAAAAAAUGUUUAAUAAAAUUGUAGAUAAUUGUAAAUUUCCAUGAAAAUAUUCCUAUUGUUGGCUUUUUUUUGUAAUUUUUCUGUGCACUCAAAAAGAGACUUUGGUAUUUUUUCAAAAUGAAAAAAAAAAAAAUCAUUUCUGCAUUUGUCGCCUAGACUGUUCCAGAUAUAAAAUCGCCAUGUAUAUAUGUUUGUGUUUUUGUAUUAAACAUAUCGUUGGCAAGAUUGCUAAGUAUUGUAGUUUUUGGAUAAUGAUGUGUUUACGGAUGUGUUUAUCACGAGUAGACGUCCAA